AUGAAUACUUAAUGCCAACCACGUGGUGUGAAAGCAGACUGCAGCUUCUUUUGUUCAAAUCAAUCAAACCGGAGACGGCCAGAGAGCUGCUGAAUCAGGAAAUCACCGCUUUUGGAUUGAAAACAUGCCGCGUACGAAGGUGACAGACGUCUCAGGGAACGGUGGGGUGAAGAAGAAGAGGGCCAGCGGCAAGAGGAAAGAGAGGGACUUCAGCAGCGACGAUGAGUUUGAUUACGAACAGGAAAACAACAAGAAACCGGGAAAGCUCUCUGCCAAGUCUGGUCUCCAGCCCGUCACUGUGGCAGACGACGUCAAAGAGAAAAUAAAACUUGAGGGCUCAAAGGUGAAAGGUCAACUGCUCAUCUUUGGAGCAACCAACUGGGAUUUGAUUGGACGAAAGGAGGUGCCCAAACAACAAGCUGCUUUUCGCAACCUGGGCCAGAAUCUGUGGGGUCCUCACCGCUACGGCUGCCUGAAUGAUAUUCAGGUCAGCUGUGUGGUGUCUGGUCCGUGUGCCGCGCACAGUCUCCUCAUGACCACCGAGGGCAAGCUGUGGAGCUGGGGUCGCAACGAGAAAGGUCAGCUGGGACACGGCGACACCAAGCGUCUGGAGGCUCCCAAGUUAAUCGAGGGCCUGGCGGAGCACGUGAUUGUUGCUGCAGCCUGUGGACGCAAUCACACCCUGGCACUCACAGAGGACGGCACUGCAUAUUCUUUUGGCGAGAACAAGCUGGGCCAACUCGGCCAAGGCAACCAGACCGACGCAGUCCUCAGCCCAGCACCGAUUUGCUACAACGGCCAGCCGCUGGUGAAGGUGGCCUGUGGUGCCGAAUUCAGCAUGGUGGUGGACUGCAAAGGAAACCUGUACUCCUUCGGCUGCCCCGAGUACGGACAGCUGGGUCACAACAGCGACGGCAAGUUCAUAGCCCGCGCCCAGCGCAUCGAGUUCGACUGUGAACUCAUCCCUCGCCGUGUCGCCAUCUUCAUCGAGAAGUCCAAGGACGGCCAGGUCACGCCGGUGCCCAACGUGGUGGUCCGAGAUGUGGCCUGUGGCUGCAACCACACGCUGGUGCUGGACUCCCAGAAGCGCGUGUUCAGCUGGGGUUUCGGUGGUUACGGGCGUCUAGGUCACACGGAGCCGAAGGACGAGAUGGUUCCUCGGCUUGUCAAACUGUUUGACUUUCCCGGACGCGGCGCCAGUCAGAUCUGUUCGGGCUACCAGUGUUCCUUCGCGGUCAGUGAAAUGGGCGGUCUGUUUUUCUGGGGCGUGACGAACACUUCCAGAGAGUCCACCAUGUACCCCAAAGUCGUGCAGGAUCUGUGUGGCUGGAAGAUCCGCAGCGUGGCGUGUGGGAAGACGAGCAUCCUCAUCGCUGCAGACGAGAGUAUGAUCAGCUGGGGCCCCUCUCCCACGUUUGGAGAGCUGGGAUACGGCGACAGCAAACCCAAAUCCUCCACCACCGCCCAGGAGGUCAAGACCUUGGACGGCAUCUACAUCGAGCAGGUGGUGAUGGGCUACUGCCACUCCCUGGUGAUCGCCCGGCAGGACACCGAGCAGGAGAAGGAGAAACUGAAAAAGCUGCCCGAGUACAACCCCCGGACGCUGUGACCGGGGGCGGCCCCACAGCAACACCUCCCCACCCCCGACC